UUCCCAACGGAUUCCUAUGGAAACCUCGAGUUCCAAGGGGGAGGGCACGCGAACAAGUCCAUGUAUAUCCGAGUGUCCUACGACACCAAGCCAGACGUGCUGCUCCAUCUCAUGGUGAAAGAUUGGCAGCUGGAGCUCCCCAAGCUUUUGAUAUCUGUCCACGGAGGGCUGCAGAACUUCGACCUGCAACCCAAGCUGAAGCAGGUCUUUGGGAAGGGCCUCAUUAAAGCGGCCAUGACCACCGGUGCCUGGAUCUUCACAGGAGGAGUAAGCACAGGGGUCAUUCGCCAUGUAGGAGACGCUUUGAAAGAUCAUUCUUCCAAGUCCAGAGGACGCAUCUGUGCCAUAGGAAUUGCCCCCUGGGGCAUUGUGGAAAACAAGGAGGACCUCAUUGGGAAAGACGUGACAAGAGUUUAUCAAACCAUGUCAAACCCACUAAGCAAACUCUCUGUGCUCAACAGUUCCCAUACACACUUCAUCCUCGCCGACAACGGCACCCUUGGCAAGUACGGGGCAGAAGUGAAAUUGAGGCGCCAACUGGAGAAGCACAUCUCGCUCCAGAAAAUCAACACCCGGCUUGGUCAGGGUGUGCCUGUGGUUGGGCUGAUCGUCGAAGGGGGCCCCAACGUCAUAUCCAUUGUCUUGGAAUGCCUCCGCGAAGAGCCCCCUCUUCCCAUUGUGGUCUGUGAUGGCAGCGGACGAGCAUCAGACAUUUUGUCCUUUGCGCACAAGUACUCGGAAGAAGGAGGCAUCAUAAGUGAAUCUCUGCGGGAUCAGCUUCUGGUCACCAUUCAGAAAACCUUCAAUUACAGCCGGAGUCAGGCCCACCAGCUGUUCGUCGUUCUCAUGGAAUGCAUGAAGAAAAAGGAGCUUAUCACUGUGUUCCGCAUGGGUUCCGAAGGCCAGCAAGAUAUUGAGAUGUCUAUCUUGACAGCUCUACUUAAAGGCACCAACGCCUCUGCGCCGGACCAGCUGAGCUUGGCGUUGGCAUGGAACCGUGUGGAUAUUGCGCGCAGCCAAAUCUUCGUCUUUGGUCACCACUGGCCGGUGAACUCCCUGGAGCAGGCGAUGCUAGACGCUCUGGUACUCGAUCGAGUGGACUUCGUGAAACUCCUGAUCGAGAACGGAGUCAACAUGCAGCGCUUCCUCACCAUCCCUCGACUGGAAGAGCUCUACAACACGAGGCUGGGUCCACCCAACACAUUGCAUCUACUUGUCAGGGAUGUAAAGAAGCGGCUGUCUAGGGGAUUUGGAUGGGUUAACAUGGAGGGAAACCUGCCCCCCGAUUACCACGUCAGCCUCAUCGACAUUGGCCUUGUGCUGGAAUAUCUCAUGGGCGGAGCCUAUCGCAGCAACUACACGCGGAAGACCUUUCGGACCCUUUACAACAAUUUGUUUGGAGCAAAGAGGCCCAAAGCUCUUAAACUUCUAGGGAUGGAGGACGAUGAGCCUCCCAGCAAAGGGAAGAAGAAAAAGAAGAAGAAGAAAGAAGAGGAAGUGGACAUUGAUAUCGAUGACCCGGAGGUCAGCCGCUUCCACUACCCCUUCCAUGAGCUGAUGGUGUGGGCGGUGCUGAUGAAGAGGCAGAAGAUGGCCCUCUUCCUUUGGCAGCGAGGCGAGGAGACCAUGGCCAAGGCGCUCGUCGCUUGCAAGCUUUACAAAGCCAUGGCUCACGAGUCUUCCGAGAGUGAGCUGGUGGACGACAUCUCGCAAGAUCUGGACAACAACUCCAAGGACUUUGGGCAGCUCGCUGUGGAGCUGCUGGAUCAGUCCUAUAAACAUGAUGAGCAAGUGGCCAUGAAACUCCUGACAUACGAACUGAAAAACUGGAGCAACUCCACUUGUCUAAAGCUGGCGGUAGCAGCUAAGCACAGGGACUUCAUUGCGCACACCUGCAGCCAGAUGCUGCUUACAGACAUGUGGAUGGGCAGGCUGCGCAUGCGCAAGAACCCGGGGCUUAAGGUGAUCAUGGGCAUUCUCCUGCCACCCACCAUCUUGUUCCUAGAGUUCCGAACCUCCGAUGACUAUUCCUACCAGACGUCCAAAGAAAACGAAGGUGGCAAAGACAAGGAAGAGGAUAAUGCGGUUAUUGCAGUUGUCUUUCAGGAUGCAAAUGUCGAUACCAGUUCCCGAAAAGGUGAUGAAGAGGAUGGAAAUAAAAAGCAGAGAAGCCUUCCUAUCGGGAAAAAGAUCUAUGAAUUUUAUAACGCCCCGAUCGUCAAGUUCUGGUUUUACACGAUAUCCUACCUGGGUUACUUACUGCUGUUCAACUAUAUAAUCCUGGUACGGAUGGAACGUUGGCCGUCAGUUCAAGAAUGGGUGGUCAUCUCUUACAUCGUGACGCUGGCCUUGGAGAAAGUAAGAGAGAUUUUGAUGUCAGAACCGGGUAAGCUAAGUCAGAAAAUAAAAGUAUGGCUACAGGAAUAUUGGAACAUCACCGACUUGGUUGCUAUCUCCAUGUUUUUGAUCGGAGCAAUGCUUCGUCUGCAAAACCAGCCUUAUAUGGGCUACGGAAGAGUCAUCUACUGCGUGGAUAUAAUUUUCUGGUACAUCCGAGUAUUGGACAUCUUCGGUGUGAACAAGUACUUGGGGCCUUACGUUAUGAUGAUUGGAAAGAUGAUGAUCGACAUGCUGUACUUUGUGGUGAUCAUGCUGGUGGUACUGAUGAGUUUUGGGGUGGCCCGCCAAGCCAUCCUGCACCCGGAUGAGGAGCCGUCGUGGCGGCUGGCCCGCAACAUCUUCUACAUGCCCUACUGGAUGAUCUACGGAGAGGUGUUUGCAGACCAGAUAGACCCUCCUUGUGGGGAGAAUUUGUACGACGAGGACGGCAAGCGCCUCCCCCCCUGCAUUCCUGGCGCCUGGCUGACUCCGGCCAUCAUGGCUUGCUACCUCCUGGUAGCCAACAUUCUCCUUGUCAACUUGCUGAUUGCCGUCUUCAACAACACCUUCUUUGAAGUCAAGUCCAUCUCCAAUCAAGUCUGGAAGUUCCAACGGUAUCAGCUGAUCAUGACCUUCCAUGACCGCCCGGUGCUGCCUCCCCCUAUGAUCAUCUUUAGUCACCUCUACAUCAUUUUUGUUCGCCUCUGCUGUCGCUGCAAGAAAAGACAGGAGGGAGACCAAGACGAGCGCGACCGAGGACUGAAACUCUUUCUAAAGGACGAAGAGCUCAAAAAGCUGUAUGAAUUCGAGGAGCAGUGCGUCGAGGAAUAUUUCCGGGAGAAAGAGGAUGAACAGCAGUCGUCGAAUGAUGAGCGCAUCAGAGUCACUUCUGAAAGAGUUGAAAACAUGUCCAUGAGGUUAGAAGAAGUGAAUGAAAGAGAACAUUUCAUGAAAGCUUCUCUACAGACAGUUGACCUUCGACUUUCUCAGCUGGAAGAGGUCUCCAGCCGCAUGGCGAAUGCGCUGGAAAAGCUGGCGGGUAUCGACAAAGCUGAGCUGACUCUCACGCGCUCGCGGGCCUCCUCUGAAUGUGAUGCUGCGUACCUUCUCAGGCAGAGCAGCGUGAACAGCUCUGAGGGUUCCAGUGUGUACAGGUACCACAUCGGUGGAGAUGAAGUAGCCUAUGAUGACAUGACUGCCCCCACGUCACCUGCCUUAGCAUUGCGUAAAGCCGAUUCCAAAAUGCAGCUGGUGCCGGAACGCCAAGGGAGUCCCCUGUCCGCCUCUAGCACAAAUGCAGAUCACAACAAAAAUACCUUGGAUGUUACCCAUACCAUCUCUAGAGCCCGUUCUGGUCUGGGCGUUGGGCAGGAACACUAUAAGGGUGAAGAGGCUAUACCCCAGAGCUUCAGUCAAGUGGAUAUCGUAAUGAACGGACAAACUGCAGCCAGACCUGCUCCUCAGAAUACCCAUUUAGCAGUGGAAAGGGGCAAAUUAGAAGCUGCCAUCUCCUACCCCUUGGACAAAACUAGAGCAAUGAGAUACUACCCUUCAGAAACGUUCAAUGCGUGUCAAGAAACCACGAUGAAGUCAAGGAGUUACAUAUUUGCACAAGGGGGAAAGAUGGUGGGAGGGCUGAAUAGCUGGACAGGAUACAGUAGCAUCAUGGACCGAGUGUGCCCAUCUACGAUUGAACAAUGGACCGCUGAAUGGAAGUACGAGAUUCAGCAGAAACUGGCCAGCGAGCCCCCUCCUGAAUAUCCGGGCAUUGUGUCCGAAGCAGAGAUGCAGGCCGAACGGAAGCAGCUGCUGACCGACACAGAAGAGGACAGUGACGUUGGUGACGUCACAGCUCUCAGUGCCUCCCGUCCUUCUUCACCCACCACCCCCAAAAGGACUGACAUGGAUAAUCUGCUGUCCGUGACGUCCGACAGGACUUGUGGGUUUCUGUCCAUACGGUCAAAGAGUUUACACAGCCAUUCUCGAAAAGCCAAGUCUGUUAAGGACAAGCUGAACAGGCCGGGACACGCCAGCAGCGUCAGCAGCCUUGCGGUGGCUUGUGGGGGCGCAACAGAAGAGCAGAAAAUGAAGCCGGAAAAUGCCUCCACGGAAACAGAAUGUUAACACAGCCGUUUUGUAGACAUGGGGCAACCGCCUUGCACGGCUAAGCUGGCACACCACCAGACGAGCAUCUCCUUCUUAAAGGGUGCAUUGGCAUUUGGUAGCUUGUUGUGUUCCUUUUUAUAGACAACGUAUCAAGACUCUGUUUCCUUUUCAGAAGCACUUCGUGCUGUUCGGUGAAAGGCAGAUGUAGUAUUUUAUCUGUGGCCAGCAAUGCCAUAUGGAUUCUUCAGUCCAUUAAUGCCCUGAGUAACUAUGUUGACAAGCUUUCUUUUCUAAAGUCCAUAUUUUAUGCAUACAGAGUCCUGAAACAAAAAGCCAAAUGUACAGCUUCUUCUCUCCCCCUCCUGGACUUCUCAGGGGGAAGAAUGUCAAAAGAAAUGUCACUCAAGGGGUAGGAGCUUGGCUGCAUAGAGCCCAUAAAAGCACCAUAUCACUGCAAGCUGAAGAUGUUGCAUAAUCCAAAAAUUCUGGGGAUAGU